ACAUACGUUUGUACAAACGAGCGGUAUGUAUCCAUCGGACCAAGUGAGUCAACUGCGCGUGACCCGCACGCCCCAAGGAUACUUAGGAUCUAGUGGGUCAGUCAUUCUGUUCGUCUUGAUAUAGUUCCUCCUGGUCCCAGCCUGCACAGCACGCAGACGCACACACCUUCACAGCACAGCACAACACGACAAACGACAACCGCAAACCAUCCAUCGCUUAGCUUACCGAGGCCCCCUGUAUGUCAUGCGCUUCACACAACAAUGACAACAAUGACAUCCAUUACAGACACAACCACGGGGAAGGCGCUUUCAGGCCUCACUCACUUUGGUGCGGGUCUGCUGGUGCGGUCCCCCGUCUCUUAGGUGGGCCAUACACGUUGAUAUCGAGUGGCCCGAUCUUUCUGGCGGGCAGCGCCCCCAGGAUGUCGUGGGUCAGCAGCGCAUACUGCGGCUGGCCGUUGUCCCACGCCCUCGGUCUUGGACGGGACUUCUCCACCUCAUCACUGGAGGGAUCCAGGGGGGAGACAUCCAACCUUGCAUUCGGAGGCUGACACAUGCGUGCUUUGUCUUACAGUGUUGGUCGUUGAGUCUCCAGGAAUAUCUGCAUGCAACCAAAAGGCAUCAAUCGAUGGCAAAGGGCCUUGAUUCGGUCAGAUGAUUCUGUGUGUGGAGACAUACGGACCCUCAGUCUCCUCUCUUCGGGAUCGGUGAUAUCCUUUGUGAGCAGCUUGUAGUCGAGCCGCUCUUUCUGGUUGGCCGACAGGUACUUGAAGUUGCUGCGCGUACGCAAGAAGUCCGGCCGAGCCCCCUGCCAAGACAGGAUCACACACUACCACCUGUGUCGCAUGGCGUGUCUCUGUACUUCUCUCUCACAUCGAUGUCUUGCACGUCGAGGGCCGAGCGGACCGGCUCACUGCAUAUACAGAAAAGAAGACGUAAGAAGACACGAAUGCCCUUACGGUCGUCUUGUUAGUUACCGGUGCCAACGCUUCUCCGUUGGCCAAGUCCUCUCUAAAGUUAACACAGCAGCCAACAGGUGGUGUCUCCAAGAUGAUUUAAUGUCAUGCCAUGCAACGUACCGAUAUCUGCACAAUUGAUGCUGUCUGCCGGCAGCAUUCACACAGGUGAGAAUAAGUGAAAGGACAGAGGAGAAUGAAUGUUUGUUGGCUCUCUGCACUGACCACGGAUGAAUCGCGGAGGCUCAGGGGCCCUGAGGACGGUCGACGGCAACGUGUAAUCAGGAACCAGAGGGUUUGUAAUCCUACCAGUCUUCAUUUAAAUCACAUGGCGACGACGACACACAACAAGCGGAUGUAUGGGUAGCCAAUUUGCAACACAGCCCUCCUUUCUGACCUUGAAUCCUCUUCUGGCAGGUCUCGCAUAGUCGAUGUCAUGCGUCGUCAGUGCAAGGUCAAACGGCCUGCCCUUCAGCCCCACAUCCGAUGCCAGAGAGAGCCGAGGCAUCGCACCGUCGAUGUCGCUGGUUUGAUGACCGUCUCGCUUGGAUGUGAAGCGCUGCCAUCUCAGCUGCGGUGAGGUCUUCUCGAUGUCGGUUGUGCGCAGGCUGGAGCUGUCCGGCUUGAAGAACCGGCUGCUCCGCGCUGCAAAGAAACAAACAGCUGCACAAGGGUGGUAACACACGCGUGCGCCUUCCUUACGUGGCUCUUUGGGGAUGACACUGAGGGACAUUAAGUCCCGUCGGGUGGGGAAUGGAGCAUCGCUGGUGGUCUGCACAGUGAAACGCCAAGAAGUAAUGCAUGUGCGCUUGUACCAGCAGCGCUAGCCCAUUGCAGUCUUCACCUGCAUCGUUUUAGCCGUCAAAACGGAAGGACUGC